AUGUCUGUCCUUAUCACGGGAGCCUCUGGGUAUCUUGGUGGCUCGCUGCUUGCGGCACUACACAACGCCGUACUCACUGAGCACAAAGACAUAUAUGCUCUCGUCAGAUCUCCAGACCAAGCGGAAGCGGUGAAGAAGUAUGGCGCGCGCCCUCUCACUCUCAAUUUACAAGAUGAAGAGAGUGUGAUCAAGAGCAUCGUCGAUGCGCAGAUAUCCGUCAUAUUCUUCCUCGUUGACGCUAUGAACUCCGAUAUGCAGGUUCCCAUGAUAAAAGCCCUCGCAGAAGUCCAGAAGCAAACUGGACGCGAAGUCCACUUUUUGCACACCAGUGGCGCAAAGAUCUUCAGCGAACAUGCGGGGAUGCCUAUCGAUCGACCACUUCCCGAUACAGAUGAUGAUCUCUACAUCUUCAUUCCAUGUAUCGUGUACGGCGAAGGCAAAGGUUUUGGUAACAAAAUCUCGAUCCAAACCACAGCUGUGGUCAAAGCCGCGAAGGGGGCCGGCGCCGUGUACGAUGUCAAUCCGGAGGGUUGGACUUGGCCCGUAUGUCAUAUCGACGACAACUCGAAACUGUACGUGAAACUGCUGAAGAGUAUCCUACGCGACGAGAAUCCAGGAUAUGGCGAGAAUGGGUACUAUCUUGCUUCCUCCGGAAGUGUAGCCUGGUACGAAAUAUACACCGCAAUGGCGAAAGCGCUUGCGAAGCGUGGUAUUAUCGGCAGUCCUGAAGUCAAGAAAGCGGAUGAAGCAGCGCUAGAUAAGAUGGCGCAGGCCUUGAGUUGCCCAAAAGAGCUUGUUGCAGUUCAGCUGGGUGGAAAGUAA